CAAACACAAAGUUUAUAUAAAAUACAAUUAUAAUUAUUAAUGUGGAAUUUUAGUUAUAAGAAAGGCCCGUUUUUAACAAGGAACAUCGACUGCUUAAUAAUACGGAAUGACCAAAAAACGUAGGCUCUCUGGAUCAUCACCCAUCAAAAUUGAAGUAAAAGAGGAAAAUGUUGGAAAUGAUUAUCUUAUGGCUAAAGGAAGACUCAUAGGCGGUACUGAAACAACUCACUGAACAAUCGUCAGAUGAUGAAAGUGGUUCUUCUGAUGACAAUAAAAGAAUUCACAGAGAAAACAGAAAGCGAAAAGUUGAAAAUAUGCCUACUCCAUACCAUCAUACAUAUGUAAUGAAAUUAUUUGAUAGAAGCGUUGAUUUGGCUCGAUUUGAGGAGGAUACUCCGCUUUAUCCAAUUUGCCGUGCUUGGAUGCAGAAUCAACCUAGAAAUCCACAGCCCAUUAUUAAACGAAGAUUAUCUUCUCCAGAACCCGUGAAUAAUUCAUGGAUUGACAAUGCUUCUGAAGUACAUAGAUUACCGGCAGCCAUUACCCCGUUUAUUAGCAGAGUUCCGUCACCUCUGCCCGAGCAAAAGCAAAAUAAAAAUAACGUGAAUUUAGAUUAUGAAGAAUGUCCUCCACCCAGCAGACAAUCAUUAAUGCAAAUGCAUUUGAAGAGAUGGUCCAAAGUUAAGAAAAAAUGGAUUCAGACAGCUGUAAAUAACGAAGCCAGAUAUGAACAGAGUACACACAUUCUUACUGCUAUUUAUAAUAGGUGAGGGUGUUUUUCUCAUUUCAUCCAGAGUAUGUACUUUUGUUCUGGAGGCAGCACUCUUCUUUUCUAU